GGUUGGGAGGGCUGUGCCAUGUCUCUCCAGAGUGUCAUCCGCCUGUCCCUGGACAGCCCUGCCCAUGCGGUUUGUGUGCUGGGCAUGGAGUUCUGCUUGGAUCUCUGCGGGUGUGCCCCGAAGGAAUGCGAGUCCUUCACUGUUAGCGGCUCUCCGGGGGUCUUGGUGGACGUCCGAGGCACAAAUGACAAGGAGGUGACCACCCCCCAGCUGCCUCUGUCUGAUCUCACGGGUGUGCUGGUGAAGAUGACGACCCCCACCCUCGCCCUCGAGCAGGACAAGGUCGUGGUCUCAUACUAUCGACCCGAUGACCAGGUGCCCGUGGCCAUGGCUGAACUCUACCUUGUUGGCAUUGCGGUCUCCCUGGACGUGGACCUCUACCGCAAUGGAAAAAUGGGGAUGGCAAGUGACAAGUGGGCUAAGAAGAACUGGGUCUGGGGCCCCAGCGGUUGGGGCGCCAUCCUGCUUGUGAACUGCAAUCCUGUUGACAUGGGCCAGGUCACAGACAAGACCAAGAAGGUGUUCUCUGCAGAGGAAAUAAAGAACCUGUCCCCGAUGGUACUGACCCUUCAAGGGCCCAGCGACAUUUUGAGGAAGCACCAGCUGGUUCUCCACACCUCCAAGGAAGAGGCGAGGAGGGUGAGGGUCUAUCGGCCCCAAGAGGACAGCUCCAGCACCUUCGAGCUGGUACUGGGGCCAGACCAGCACUCGCACACCUUCCCCCCGCUGGAGAGCAACUUGCAGGAGACCUUCUACGUGGAGGCCACAGAGUUCCCAUCUGCCAGCUUCUCUGGCCUGAUCUCCUUCUCUCUCUCCCUGUUGGAAGAGUCUCAAGACCCAUCCAUUCCGGAGACCCUGGUAUACAAGGACACGGUGGUGUUCCGGGUGGCUCCUUGCAUCUUUAUCCCAAGCACCCAGAUGCCUCUAGAGGUCUACAUGUGCAGAGAGCUGCAGGUCCAGGGUUUCGUGGACACAGUGGCGGAGCUCAGUGAGAAGAGUAGCUGCCAGGUGGCGUUUGUGUACGAGGACCCCAACCGCCUGGGCAGGUGGCUCCAGGACGAGAUGGCCUUCUGCUACACCCAGGCUCCCCACAAGACUGUGUCCCUGGUUCUCGACACCCCUCGGCUCCUGAGGCUCGAAGAUUUCCCCAUGAAAUACUCACUGAGCCCAAGGGUUGGCUACAUGAUCCGGUACGCCAAGGACCACAGGGUGGCCAGCAUGGACUCCAUUGGGAACCUGAUGGUGUCCCCGCCAGUCAAGUUCGAAGGGAAAGAGUAUCCUCUAGGCAGGAUCCUCAUUGGCAGCAGCUUUUACCCCAGCAGGGAGGGCCGGGACAUGAGUAAAGAACUGCGUGGCUUCCUAGACGCCCAGCAAGUCCAGGCCCCGGUGGAGAUCUUCUCAGACUGGCUGAUGACCGGCCACGUGGACGAGUUCAUGUGCUUCCUCCCCUCACCGGUCCAGAGCAAGGACGAAAAGGGCUUCUGGCUGCUCCUGGCCAGCCCCAGCUCCUGCUACAGACUCUUCCAGGAGAAGCAGAAGCAGGGCUAUGGACACAUGCCUCUGUUUGAAGAAGUCCGGGAGGAUAAGCUCCUUUCUAACGGGAGGCAUUACAGCACCAUCAAUCAACUUCUGGCUGAUGAAAACCUGAGAAAGCAGAAUAACUAUGUGGAGAAGUGCAUUAACCUGAACCGACAAAUCCUGAGGUGGGAGCUGGGUCUGCAGAACAGCGACAUCAUUGACAUCCCCCAGCUCUUCUGUCUGGAGCCGCUGAGGAAUGUCCCCUCGAGCCAGCAGACUGAGAAACUCUACGCCAGGCCCUUCUUCCCCAACCUGCUGCAGUUGAUAGUGAUGGGCAAGAACCUGGGCAUCCCCAAGCCUUUUGGGCCCCAGAUCAUGGGCACCUGCUGCCUGGAGGAGAAGAUAUGCCAGUUGCUGGAGCCCCUGGGCUUCCAAUGCACCUUCAUUAGCGACUUUGACUGCUACAUGACUGAAAUCGGAGACUUCUGCUCCUGCGCCAACGUCCGCCGGGUGCCCUUUGCCUACAAAUGGUGGAGGAUGGUGCCUUAGACCCAGGCCCAGCACAAAUGGCUCAUGGUCACUUGCCCUUGCCCUGCUCAGGCUGGAGAGUUGAGACACCAUGCCCCUUCCAUAUCCUGUUCCUGUCCCUCGGAAUCCAGUGGGGUGGCAAAGGCUGCCAGACUGAACCCCUUGGAGAGAAACGUAAACGGCCUUCAGCUGAUAAGUGGUUAUUAAAGCUGUAGCUGUUCUG